AUGACCAGAGACGUCAAACACCAUUUACUCUUUGAGUGCGCCACUGAGGUGGCAAAUCGAGUCGGAGGUAUCUAUUCGGUGCUGAAGUCGAAGGCACCAAUCACAGUGGCAGAAUACCGCGAUCGCUAUACGCUUUUGGGCCCCUGGAAUCGUGCCUCUGCGUCGGUGGAAGUCGAGGAGUUACCGGUUCCUGACCCUCAUUUGAAGAAAACGCUUGAUUCUAUGGGAGAACGUGGAAUUCAGUAUUUGUAUGGGCGGUGGCUCAUUGAUGGGGCUCCCCGUGUCCUUCUGUUUGACCUGCAAUCUGCAGCCUACAACCUGGACGACUGGAAGAGGGAUCUCUGGAACAACACUGGAAUUCCUUCCCCAGCAUUUGACACGGAGACCAACGAUGCGAUUCUUUUGGGCUAUCUGGUGGCUUGGUUUUUGGGAGAGUACUCCUUUCACAACCAGAAGCAGGCCAUCAUCAUCCACGCUCACGAAUGGCUUGCGGGUAUUUGCUUGCCUCUUUGCCGAAAGCGUAAGAUCGACGUAACCUCCGUGUUUACCACUCAUGCCACUUUACUCGGGCGGUAUUUAUGUGCUGGCUCAGUUGAUUUCUACAACAAUCUUGACAAGUUUGACGUGGAUGCUGAGGCUGGAAAGCGCGGAAUUUACCACCGGUAUUGCAUCGAGCGUGCCGCCGCUCAUUCCGCAGAUGUUUUCACCACGGUUUCUCAUAUCACAGCUUAUGAGUCUGAGCACUUACUGAAACGUAAGCCCGAUGGUGUUCUGCCCAACGGUCUUAACGUGGUGAAGUUCCAAGCUGUUCAUGAGUUCCAAAACCUCCAUGCUGAGAAGAAAGAGAAGAUCAACGACUUCAUCAGGGGCCACUUCUACGGUAACCUUAACUUUAAAUUGAACAACACUCUGUACUUCUUCAUUGCCGGAAGAUACGAGUACCGCAACAAGGGUGUGGACUUCUUUAUUGAGUCGCUUGCUCGUCUCAACCACCGUCUGAAGGAGUCCGGUUCAAAGAUGACUGUUGUAGCAUUCAUCAUCAUGCCGGCACCAACACACUCCUACACUGUGGAGACUUUGAAGGGCCAAGCUGUUAUCAAACAGCUGGAAAAUUCCAUCAAGGAUAUCCAGAACUCUAUGGGAAAGAGACUGUUCGAGUUCUGCCAGAACCCAACUUUCUCUCAGACCUCGUCGCAGAUGGAGCUCCCAGAGAUCGACGACCUUCUCAAGCCUUCAGAUAGGGUCUUGCUCAAAAGACGUAUGUUUGCUCUCAAGAGGGAUUCGUUACCCCCAAUAGUUACUCACAACAUGGCCAAUGACUCGACAGACCCGAUCCUGAACCAGGUGAGAAGCGUGAAGCUCUUCAACACACCAGAUGACAGAGUCAAAAUCAUCUUCCACCCCGAGUUCCUUAAUGCCAACAAUCCAAUUUUGUCGCUUGAUUAUGAUGAGUUCGUCAGAGGUUGCCAUCUCGGUGUCUUUCCGUCAUACUAUGAGCCGUGGGGCUACACACCGGCGGAGUGUACCGUGAUGGGAAUUCCCUCAAUCACAACAAAUCUGUCUGGUUUUGGAUGCUAUAUGGAAGAUUUGAUUGAGAAUUCUACUGACUAUGGAAUCUACAUCGUCGACAGACGCAUGAAAUCUGUUGAUGAAAGUAUCAAUCAGCUGACGGACUACAUGUUUGAAUUCGUGGAGAAAACAAGAAGGCAACGGAUCAAUCAGCGUAACCGUGUUGAGCGUCUUUCUGAUCUGCUUGACUGGAAGCGCAUGGGGUUGGAGUAUGUCAAAGCUCGUGCUCUUGCUCUGAGAAGGGCUUAUCCAGACUCUUAUAACAAUCUGUCCAAUCAUGAGAAUCCUUUCGAGUCCGGCACCAACAUCAAGAUCACAAGACCUUUGAGUGCUCCAGGAUCCCCCGGUGACCGCUACACGGAGGGGCUGAUGACACCUGGUGAUUUAGGAACACUCCAGGAGAAUAACUCGGCGGACUAUUUUGAUUGGAAGCUAGCUGGUGGUCCCAGCGACUCAGAGGAUCAAGAUUUGACAUUGAGAGGUGUAUCUGUCGCGCCCAGUGACGCUAGCGAGAGUGAAGAGGAGAAAUAG